AUGGUGUCUAGCGCGCUCGUGAUGAGCAUCGCAGAUACAUGUGAGUUUUGGGCGCCGCUGCCCAUCAUCAUCACGCUGUCUCGCCUCGGCGCCUCGGCGCCGCGCAGCUUGACGGAUGGUGUAGGAGGGGGCGCGGUGGAGGGUGUGCUGGGCGCGGGCGGGAGGUCUGGGCCUGGGACCGUGGAUGUGCGCGGAGGCGGAGGCAAGGAACGCGAUUCGACCUCUGACACGGGUGUGGAGUCGGGCACUGGCGAGGGUUGCUGCACGACGACGUCUGGCGCCGGUGCGAUGGUCUCCGCGCCGAGAUUCGAGCUCGGCUCUUCUUCGUGUUCGGCCGGCGGCGGCGAGGCCGGUAAUGGGUUACUGGCUGCGGGCGGCGACGAGCUCAUUGGUUUCGGCCGGCGACGAGCAGUUGGGAUUGAGAUGACGGAGCUGCGCGCGGGCCAAGGCUCGAAGCUGGGAAACGCGUCGGCCGUUGCCGUGCGCUCGCGGUGCCACGUUCGUGCGCGCUGA